AUGCCGCGCGACCCCCUCAUCGGCCUCGUUGGGAAACCGAGCGCUGGCAAGUCUAGCACGCUCAACUCGCUCACAGAUGCGACUUCCAAAGUCGGAAACUUUCCGUUCACCACAAUCGACCCGCAACGCGCCAUCGGCUACCUCCAAAUCGACUGCGCCUGCGCACGCUUUGGCCUGACCGACCGGUGCAAGCCCAACUACGGCUCUUGCGUCGGCGGGCGGCGCAGUGUGCCCAUCGAGCUGCUGGACGUGGCCGGCCUGGUGCCCGGCGCGCACCAGGGCAAGGGGCUGGGCAACAAGUUCCUCGACGACUUGCGGCACGCCGAUGCGCUAAUCCACGUGGUGGACGUGUCCGGCACGACCGACGCCGAGGGCAAGAAUACGCGCGGGUAUGACCCCAGCGCAGACAUUGCGUGGUUGCGGAGCGAGAUUGUCGCGUGGAUCAAGGGGAACCUGAUGGAGAAGUGGGGGUCGAUCCGGAGGAGACAUAUCGCCGUCAAGGCGACGGCUGUGGAGACGCUGCAGAACCAGUUCAGUGGGUAUGGGAGUACGAGCGCGGUGGUGGCGCGGACGUUGGAUAGGCUGGGGUUGAAGGAGCCGUUGGAGGAGUGGAGUGAGGAGACCAUCGACCGCGUGGUGAAUGCGUUUACCGACGAAAAGUUCCCGACCGUCAUCGCGCUCAACAAAAUCGACCAUCCCGACGCAGACAAGAACAUCGCCAAAAUCGCCAAGAUGCAGGACCCCAACACGAUCGUGCUCUGCUCGGCCAUAUCAGAGAUCUUCCUCCGGAAAAUGGCCAAGCAGGGUUAUAUCCGAUACACAGAGGGUAGCGAGUUCGUCGACACGAGGGAAGAUUUAAUAGCGGCUGGCGACCCGGACGGAGGGGGGUUGAAGGAGCUGGACGAGAAGAACCGGAACCGGAUAGAGAACUUGAAGGAUAUGGUGCUAUACCGGUUCGGCUCGACAGGGGUUGUCCAGGUGCUGUCCAAAGCGGCCGAGAUUUUAGGGCUGGCACCGGUGUUCCCGGUCAAGAACACCACCACGUUUGGGUCGGGCUCGGGGGACUCGAAAGUAGUUUUCCGGGAUUGUGUCUUGGUAAAGAAGAACUCGACGGUGGCGGACGUGGCACGAAAGGUCAUGGGAGAUGCGCCAAUUGCCUACAUUGAGGGCGUUGGCGGGAUCCGGGUAGCCGAAGACCAGCUAGUAUCGGUUGGGAAGAACGACAUAUUGUCGUUCAAAGUAGGCAAAUGA